AUGGCGAAGAUGGUAGCUCCUCUGAAUGGCAAGCAAAACCAUGGGAAGCAUUACUACACGAUGGACCAGACGAUGUUUGAGAUCGACACCAAGUACGUGCCGAUCAAGCCCAUCGGAAGUGGAUCUUAUGGGGUAGUUUUCUCAUCCAUGAACAAGGAUACGAACGAGAAGGUCGCGAUAAAAAAGAUAAACAACGUCUUUGAUAGCCGUGAGGAUGCACUGAGGACGCUGCGCGAGAUGAAGCUCCUCCGGCACUUGACUCAUGAGAAUGUCAUUGCUUUGAAGGAUGUAAUGAUGCCAAUACGGAGGAGGAGCUUCAAGGAUGUCUACUUGGUGUCUGAACUCAUGGACACCGAUCUACAAUAUAUCAUCAACUCGUCUCAAACGCUUUCCAAUGACCACUGCCAAUAUUUCCUUCUUCAGCUGCUUCGAGGGCUGAAGUAUCUUCAUUCAGCGAGAAUACUGCAUAGAGACCUGAAACCAGGAAACCUUCUGGUUAAUGGAAACUGUGACUUGAAGAUCUGUGACUUUGGUCUUGCUCGCACAAAUAACACAAAAGGCCAGCUUAUGACUGAAUAUGUUGGCACGCGCUGGUAUAGAGCUCCUGAGCUGCUGCUCAGCUGCAACAACUAUGGCAACUCCAUAGAUGUCUGGUCUGUUGGCUGCAUCUUUGCUGAGCUACUUGGCCGCAAGUUGAUCUUUCCAGGAACCGAUUGCCUAAAUCAGCUUAAGCUUAUAGUCAAUGUUCUUGGCACCAUGAGCGGUGCUGACCUUAAGUUCAUUGAGAACAAGAAAACUCGCCAGUACAUCAAAUCCCUUCCAUACACCAUCGGCAUUCCCCUCACUAGAAUGUACCCACAAGCACACCCUCUUGCCAUCGAUCUAUUGCAGAAGAUGUUAGUCUUCGAUCCUUCCAAAAGGAUCAGUGUCACCGAGGCUCUGGAGCACCCCUAUAUGUCUACGCUAUAUGAUCACAAUGCAAACCAUCCUGCUCAGGUGCCCAUCGAUAUCGAUAUAGAUGAAAAACUUAGCGUGGAGAUGAUCCGAGAAAUGUUGUGGCGGGAGAUGCUCCAGUACCCCUGAGGCUGCCAGGAUGGUGAAUAUGUGUCAAGCUGGAAUG